UUCUUCACUCAAAUCUACUUUAGUAUAUACUUUAUACAGUUAAAACCAUAUCUUAUCUGAUAUAUCAUCUUUUGUAAUGUUUCAACUAAAUGGCUGUCUUUUCAUAUCAUUGUUGGUUUUGUGGAAAUACAUGCAUUGAGCACCAAGCAAUUCCGUAUGGAUUGUUGACACGAUGUAUCGACAAUCACUUCUGUUAUUUAAGUUCUCGGUUUGGCCAAAAAACUCCAUGCCUGAAAAACAGAAGCUACCAUGGGUACAUUUGUAGGACAUUUGGUGCCAGGUCUGGCACUGACCCUUCUUGGCCUAUGGCACACCAUCAACAAUAUCAAAGCCUAUUGUCUCAAAGGGUCUACCAAAUUUACAGUAAGGUUUUGGUACCCAUUCAAUGGCCCUUUUUCUAGAUUCAAACACUUGGAGCUGAUUUUUAUCUUAACUUUUUCCCUGUUAGCAAUUUUCAUGCAAGUUUUAGACUUGCCUUUCCUUCGAUUCCCUUUCGAACUCGAUGGUUUCGAGCAUGCUAGCAUAUUUCUCCAUCUUGCUAUAUUUGCAGGUUUCACUCUUUCUGCUGAAUUAAGUCGGUCUUCCGAGAUUCUAUCGGUUGUUUCGGGAAUCUUUGUGGCUUCUGUUUUUGGUCAAGAGGUGUUCUUACUCCACUUUCACUCAGCUGAUCAUGUUGGACUCGAAGGCCAUUACCACUGGCUAUUGCAGCUCAUAGUGCUAAUCUCCCUUCUAGCAUCUUUAACAGUAACGUUCCUACCGAGUAGCUUGUCCGCAGCUCUUGUUCUUUCAGUUUCCGUUAUAUUCCAAGGUUGUUGGUUCAUUAACAUGGGGUUCAUGCUAUGGUGUCCAAAGUUCAUUCCUCGAGGAUGUAUAAUGCAGGCCAAAAUGAGGAGUGACAGCAUGCAUGGAGCGGUGACAUGUUACUCGCAAGAAGCCGAUUUUAGGGCUAGAGCAUUGGCUAACAUGCAAUUCAGUUGGAUACUCUCUGCUAUCUUAAUAUUCACAGGGUUCACCUGCCUGAAAUUUGCUGGAAAAUGUACCCCAAGGGCACAAUCGACCGAAUACGAGCAACUCGAAAUUAGAACCAGUGAUGUCCCUAUAACUAUUGAUACCUUCAAGAGCUGAUGAUCCCUAGGUCUUGUAAUCAAUAACAAAGAAAUUGGACAAGAAUGGCUAAUAUUAGAACAUUGCUGAAUAAUGUUAUGCAUAUACUAUAAAUAUUGAUUUCCCUCA